AUGUCUUCCCUGGCCCAAACAGCACAAAUCAGCGAGAAGUCAAGAUUACAACCUGAUCCCCGUUCACGAGUGUCAACCACGCAGUUGUUAACACCUCAGAAUGUGUCUGCCAAAGCAGAACCUUCAACAUCUUCGAAAAAGAAGAAUAAAAAACCGGGUGAGCAGAAGAGAACAGGGUAUGGUGCAUGGGUACCCGGGAGCGCGAUCUAUUCACAGCCAGCUGAUACAGGCACGGUGAAGCAUACGCUUAGUCAACUUCAUAAAGUCAUUAACUUUUUGAAGGAAAGGGUUGAUUCUCCCCAGUCGGCGGAGGAUCUAAAGAGUCAUCAAAUAGCGGACAUAACUACUAAUGACGAGCUAUAUAAACUCAUGAUUAAUAAUGAAAAGAUUGAAUACGAUGCUGCAAAUGGUACCUUUAAAUACAAACCAGAGUUUAUGAUACGUAGCAGUGAAGAUUUACUUCAACUACUGUAUGAGAGAAAAGAUUCCAAGCCAUGUGGGAUGCACUUUAAAGACCUUGCUGACUCUUACGUAGACGUGACGACCUCAAUUCAAGAAUUGGAAAAGGAGAGUCGAAUCUUAGUCAUUCGUUUGAUGAAAGAUAACUCUCCUCGUUUGAUGUUUUGGAAUGAUGUAGGCGAGAAUACUACUAUGGAUAAAGAAUUUGUUGAUAUGUUCCAUAAAGUAAAAACUCCCGAUGAUGUAGAUCUCAAAGUAGAGCUUCAGAAAGCCGGUCUUCAGACGAUGGCUAUAUUAGAAAAUAAGGCAACUGGCGAGGUAAUUAGACGAUAA